UAUAUAGCAUAUAACUAAUUCUCAUUACAUACACAUACAUAACCCCUUUAUUUCUCUAUCACAAAAUCCAUAUUAUAUAGCCAGAAUUUUAACUUUACCAUGUCUUUCUCGAUCCAAUUGCCUUUGGUUUUGUUCUUUUCUUCCCUCUUCAUCCAUGUAUCUUUCGGGGAGGUUGUAUGUGAGGAGUUGGCAAAUGAAGCAUGUGCGUUCUCAAUAGCAUCUUCAGGGAAGAGGUGUUUGUUGGAGACGCGGAGGGCGGGCGGUGGCAGCGUGGAGUACCAGUGCCGGACGUCAGAAGUGGUGGUAGAGAGGAUGGGGGAUUACAUAGAGACAGACGAAUGUGUGGAGGCGUGUGGGGUUGAUAGGAAGUUUGUUGGCAUUUCAUCAGAUGCAUUCUUGGAGCCUCAAUUCAGUGCCAAACUUUGCUCACCACCUUGUUACGUAAAAUGUCCCAACAUUGUUGACCUUUACUUCAAUUUGGCUGCUGGAGAGGGGGUGCUUUUGCCAGAACUGUGUGAGAAGCAAAGAAUGAACCCUGGACGUGCAAUGUUUGAGCUUCUAAGUUCUGGAGCUGCAGCACCUGGCCCUCUUUCUGGUUUCUCGGAGGACAUAAAAGCAGCAUCUGCCCCAUCUCCAUUAUAAACAUCAUUUCUAUUUGGUCCUUAGAAAAAACAUUCACUUUGUAUUUGAUGAAGGGAGAGUGUAAAUUGAGAGAGCUAUUAUAUUACCAUAUACUACUAGAGGAUAUGUAGUGAGUAUGAGUUCUUUAUUAUGGGUUGGUUGGGUUCAGUUGAUGAAAUAUUAUAAUAAUCUUUAUACAAAAAAACAGUGAUGACCUGAGUAUAU